CAUAAUUACUUCCAUCUCUCUCUCUACCCUUAUCUAAUUCCCUUUCUCCAUAAGUAGCUGUCUCCUCUCUCAACCAUUUCCUCCAUCCUUUUAACUCCCUCAUUCCCUUAUCUUAUAUAUAUGCUCUGCUUCGAUCUGCUCUGACAACUAAACUACCACUCUUGCUCUUGCUGCUCGCCUCAGGUCUUCUGUUUUCCUCAGGCCAUAUAUCCAGUUCCUUCAUUCCCAAGUCUAUAUAUUAAUUGAACUACUACUGCUCCUUCUUCUUCCCUCUGACAAAUAAGUAACUGAAACUACGAGAGCAAGUCUUUCCAACAAUGUCUAGCAGAAGAUCAUCGCGUUCGAGGCAGUCUGGCGGUUCCAGGAGUAGCAACAUCAGCGACGACCAGAUCGCUGAUCUCGUAUCCAAGUUACAGCAACUUCUUCCUGAGAUUCGCAACAGGCGCUCGAACAAGGCGUCAGCAUCCAAUGUUCUGCAGGAGACUCUCAACUACAUCAAAAACUUGCACAGAGAGGUCGACGACCUAAGUGAGCGCUUAUCUCAGCUUUUGGCGACGACUGACAUGGAUUCCGACCAAGCAGCCAUUAUUCGGAGCUUACUUAUGUGAUCAUUCAUUAUCAAUCGGCGAUUACUAUUAUUCGAUUCUACGUAUAAGCCUCUCUUUUCGGUAUGAACGUAUGGUCAUCAACGAGCUUACUCAUAUAGUGGCUGCAUAUAUUAUGUCUGGCUAAGCUAUAGCUAGGGUUUGCUCAUUAGCCGCAAUUAAGAAAGAGUUUACGCAUGGAUGGACAUCUUCAUCGGUCUCCAUGUAUCACGUGCUUUCCAGUCUUGUAGCUAGUAACUAAUUAACUUAUAUAUAAUAAAGGACUUUUCCUUGUAGAAGUUCUAACUAAUGUUGUGUUGAGAUUUCUUCAAAUUUCUGUAUAAAUAUAUCCAGCGUGUCACUUUAUAUUAUACGUACACACCUAUAUGUGCCUUUUGUCCCACACAAGUGAAUUCAUUAUAUUAUCC